GCAGCGCAGCCGCAGCGGGAAGGGAAGGGAAGCCGCCUGCUCCGCCACUCAAGCCAGCGGCCGCCGGUAGCAACAAGGGCGUUGGGAGAGGAGGAGAAGGAGGAGCGCCGCCGCCGCCGCCCCCGCCGCGAUGGAGCAGCUCUCAGAUGAAGAACUUGAUCAUGGUGCAGAAGAAGAUAGUGAUAAAGAAGAUCAGGACCUGGAUAAGAUGUUUGGAGCUUGGCUUGGAGAGUUGGAUAAACUCACACAGAGUUUGGAUACAGACAAGCCUAUGGAACCAGUAAAAAGAUCCCCUCUUCGCCAAGAUGCUAAUAUUGCCAAUUUCUCUUACCGGUUUUCCAUGUACAACCUGAAUGAAGCCUUGAAUCAAGGUGAGACUGUAGAUCUUGAUGCUCUUAUGGCAGAUCUUUGUUCCAUAGAGCAGGAGCUCAGCAGCAUUGGAUCACAGUCCGCAAACAGUACAUCAAUGAAAUGUUUUCCCGCAGAAGGGAAAAUGACUCAGAAACCGCCAGGUGGUAGCCGACUCCCUACCAAGCAUGGUAGCAUGAAAGGAUUGUCUUCUUCAUCUGGUCGAAUAACAAAGCCUUCACAUGCUAUCUUCUCUCUGGAUGACAUUACUGCACAGUUAGAGAAAGCAUCUCUGAGUAUGGAUGAAGCAGCUCAGCAACCGAUAACUGAAGAUAGCAAGCCCGUAGUUGCUACUCAGCACAGGAGGACGGCAUCAGCUGGUACUGUGAGUGAUGCUGAAGUCCGUUCUAUCAGUAAUUCCUCCCGAUCUAGCAUCACGUCUGCGGCAUCCAGUAUGGACUCCCUGGACAUUGACAAGAUGACACGACCUCAAGAGUUGGAGUUGACUUCACAGGGGCAGCCCAUCAGUGAGCACUCCUAUUUGGACAGGGAAACCUCCCUCCUUCUGAGAAACAUUGCAGGAAAGCCUUCUCAUUUGCUGACCAAGGAGGAACAGGCUGCUAAGCUAAAGGCUGAAAAGAUCAGGGUUGCUUUAGAGAAGAUUAAAGAAGCACAAGUUAAAAAGCUUGUGAUAAGAGUCCACAUGUCUGAUGACAGCUCCAAGACAAUGAUGGUAGAUGAAAGACAGACAGUAAGACAAGUGCUAGACAACUUGAUGGACAAAUCACAUUGUGGAUUUAGCUUAGACUGGUCCUUGGUAGAAACAAUCUCAGAAUUACAAAUGGAGAGAAUUUUUGAAGACCAUGAAAACUUAGUUGAAAACCUCCUGAACUGGACAAGAGAUAGUCAAAACAAGCUUAUGUUUGUUGAACGUAUAGAAAAAUACGCACUUUUUAAAAAUCCCCAAAAUUAUCUUCUAGGGAAAAGAGAAACCUCUGAAAUGGCAGAUAGGAACAAGGAAGUAUUACUGGAGGAGUGCUUUUGUGGAAGUUCAGUAACAGUGCCAGAAAUUGAGGGAGUCCUGUGGCUGAAAGAUGAUGGUAAAAAAUCCUGGAAGAAGCGCUACUUCCUUCUGCGAGCUUCGGGAAUCUACUACGUUCCAAAAGGAAAAGCAAAGGUCUCCCGAGAUCUUGUCUGCUUUCUUCAAUUGGAUCAUGUUAAUGUUUACUAUGGACAAGAUUAUCGCAACAAGUACAAAGCUCCUACAGACUAUUGUCUAGUACUAAAGCAUCCCCAAAUUCAGAAGAAAUCCCAAUAUAUUAAGUAUUUAUGUUGUGAUGAUAUCAGAACCCUUCAUCAGUGGAUAAACGGCAUCCGUAUUGCUAAGUAUGGGAAGCAAUUGUAUGUGAACUAUCAAGAAGCUCUGAAAAGGACAGAAUCGGCAUAUGACUGGACUUCUCUGUCCAGCUCCAGUAUUAAGUCGGGAUCCAGUUCAUCUAGUCUGCCAGAAUCUCAGUCCAAUCAUUCCAAUCAAUCUGACAGCGGAGUUUCAGACACCCAAACAGGACAUGUCCGUUCCCAAAGUAUUGUUAGCUCCAUCUUUUCAGAAGCUUGGAAGCGGGGAACUCAGUUGGAAGAGUCCAGCAAGAUUAGCUCUCAUGUGGCAAAAGCAAAACCUGGAACAGCUCUCAGCUCCACUGCAGUGAUGGCUUAAGCAGGGGUAGCGUUAAGGCUCGAAUGGACUCAAUAAACCGACCCUUCACUUCACUUGUACCGCCUUUAUCUCCACAAACUAAAACAGCUACUCCAUACACAG